AUAAUGGAUACCCUGCCAGACGACGUCGCGCGCGUCGUCGAGGAGCUCCUCGGCCCCAGAGAGAUCGGCGCACUGGGCUGCGCCGGCAAAAGGUGGAGGCCAAGCGAGAAGAUCUGGGAGCGCGUCGCGAAGCGAGACCCGCUGACGCAUUGCACGGUCGUGCCCUGCGUGUGGUCCCUGUGGUGCGAGGCGCUCUCUAGGAUGGAAACACUGGACGCAGACAGGGUGAUUGACUCUACUCUCUCUGAGGGCGACGGCAUGGAAGAGUAUAUGAGAUUGGUGCUCCAGAUCUGGAGAGGCGACAAAUUGCUGGCGACAAAGCAUUUGGAGUUCGAGCCGGACACGUGCCAUUACGGAGACGGGACCGAUGCAUGGGAUAACGUGUCAGCUAUUUGUGCUGGCACGGAUCAUUUGCACGUGGGCAAUGACGUCACCCCGUGCAUGCAUUGCAGAGAAAUGGCGGCCCGGCCCGGCGAAACGGUCUCGGAUUCCCUGGGCGUCAGAAUCGGCCUGGACGCUGAGUCGCUUCGUUUCCGCGUCGUUGCACUUCCGUGCGAGAUCCCGCCACAGAAUGCGUUUGCCCCGACCAUCGUUUUCAGUAUAGACGUCCCGAAAGAAAUCCAUGGGAGCUUCGUCAAUAAAUGUCAAGGGCUGGUCGCCGACAUACUGAGCGAUUCAUUCCUUCGUGAACCUGAGGAUUCGUCAGAGUGGGGACUGACACUUCACCACGAGGAUCUCGUCUUCUAUCCAUUGGAUCAAGCGUGGCUGAUGAGCUCCCCUCUGGACGAAGAUCAAGUCGGGCUGACGAGCUCCCCUCUUUCCAGUCGCCCGUCAAUCGUCGUCCGCAUUGUCCGCGACGCCGCCGGCGCAGCCGUGGACCUCGUGAUCGAGGAGUUCAAUUGGGAGGACCGCUCGCCGCGCUUCGCCCAGAUUCGUAUGAAUUUUCUCUAG